AUGUACCAAGAGCACUACAAUGCUCUCUUCUCCAUGGACUUUGUGGAGACUAAGUACCCACACGAUGACACCAUGAGAGAUCUUGGUAUCUUUGAGGAUGUGGAGUUGGUGCUCAAGAACAUGCAAUUGGGGAAGUUCUUCUCUCACCGCAUGGAGUCUUACAAGGAGUUGACUUGUGAGUUUUUGGCGUCGAUGAAGCAUCACGAGUUUGAUGAGCUCGAUCGAGCUGAGUUGGACCGAGGCUGGGGGUACAUAACUUUCUAG